UCACGUUGAACUGUAAUACUUGCUCGUCAUUUAGGUACGCUAUAAUUAUAUUCAUCUGUAAAUAGUUCUCCUAAAUUUUGAAUUUUUACUCAAAUUCAAGAUGCAAACAAUUGUAUUUCUAAUGUAUACAAGUACUUUCGCCCUUGCAGACCUCCCUGACUACCGCUUUCCAGAUGAUUUUGUCUUUGGUGCCGCUAGUGCGUCCUAUCAAAUUGAAGGUGCAUGGAACGAAGACGGAAAAGGGGAAAACAUUUGGGAUAGAAGUCUUCACGAGCACCCAGACUGGGUGAUUGAUAAGUCCAAUGGGGACAUCGCUUGUGAUUCUUACCAUAAGUACAAAGAAGACGUUCAACUCCUCAAAAAUCUGGGAGUAAACUUUUACCGUUUUUCUAUAUCUUGGUCUAGAAUUCUUCCAACGGGGAAAACAGAUCAAAUUAACCAGGCAGGGAUUGAUUAUUACAACAGCUUGAUUAAUGAGUUGUUGGCUAAUGGGAUUGAACCUUACGCUACAAUGUUCCAUUGGGAUUUGCCCCAGCCGCUCCAAGAUGAGGGUGGAUGGCCUGAGAGGAAAACUGCUGAUUAUUUUAUUGAUUAUGCAAGAGUUUUGUUUGAGAAUUUUGGAGAUAGAGUUAAACGUUGGAUUACUUUUAAUGAAAUUAUACAGAUUUGUGAAGGCGGCUAUUCUGGAGGUAGUUUUGCUCCUUUUAUAAAAAAUCCUGGGAUUGGGGGUUAUGAAUGUACUCAUACGAUACUUCUGGCCCAUGGGAAAACUUACCGAUUGUACGAUAGUGACUUCAGAGGAAAACAGCAAGGUCAAAUCGGUAUUUCAAUAGAUUCCUUCUGGCACGAACCCGAUUAUCUUGACCGAGAAACUGACCAACAAGCUUCAGAAAUCGAUUUAGAGAUGAAUUUUGGAUGGUUUGUCAAUCCCUGUGUCAAGGGAAAUUACCCAGACGUGAUGAUCGAAAGGGUAAAAAAGAACAGCAUUUCUGAAGGAUAUAAUAGAUCGCGUCUGCCAGAAUUUAGCCCCGAAGAACAAGAAAUGAUGAAGGGAACUUACGAUUUCAUCGGUUUGAACCACUACAGUUCUGAUAAAGUUUAUCUAGCUGUUGAUGGUGCAGGGGACCAUCCGUCCCAUUGGGUAGACACAGGUGUUAUAAGAUACCAAGACUCCUCAUGGCCAGAUUCAGCCUGUAGUUGGUUUAAAGUCGUUCCUUGGGGUAUUAAUAAACUAUUAGUGUGGAUUAAAAACCAUUAUAACAAUCCACCAGUGUUCAUCACAGAGAAUGGGUUUUCCGAUUACGGUCAACACGAUGACUAUGUCAGAGCUAACUACUAUAAAGAUUAUCUCUAUGAAAUAUUAAAAGCUAUCCACGAACAAAAUUGUAACGUGAUUGGAUACACCGCGUGGAGUUUGAUGGACAAUUUUGAAUGGAUGUCUGGUUAUACACUAAGGUUCGGACUGCAUUAUGUAGACUUUGAUGAUCCAGAGAGACCAAGAACAAGGAAGUUAUCGUCAUAUGUAUAUAAUAAUAUUUUAACAACGAGACAUGUUGAUUGGGAUUAUUACCCUGACUGGCCACCAACUCAAGAUAAUACAAAACAAAUAAAUUAA